AUGGCAUCUCGUUUGCCAGCCCGCUGGGCAGCCUCCCUCACUAAAAGUUGCUUGCUGGGCAACACCCGAGUCCUUAUUACCGAGCGUCACACACUCCUCCCUCGAACCACUAAGCGCGGUGUCAAAUAUGGCUGGUCCACGGCCAACCCGCGCACAAAGCCUACGCGCUUCAAUCAACAGAGCGCCGGUCUGCCCGCGCCCACGACGGGCCCCGCAGCGGCUCUAGAGCGCAAAGCGAUGUCGACGCCCCUGCGGACGGGUAUCUUGGCCACCAAGAAGGGCGUCUCGGCCAUGUACAGCGCGAACGGUAAGCGCACACCUUGCACAAUCCUGCAGAUGGACCAAGUACAAGUCGUCGCUGUGAAGACCCGCGCCAAGAAUGGUUACUGGGCUCUCCAGAUAGGCUAUGGUCAGAAAGAGGCCGAUAACGUCACUGCGCCGCAACUGGGCUACUUCGAGGCUAAGGGCAUUGCACCCAAGCGCCACCUCUCCGAGUUCAAGGUGCGCGGUGAGGAGGGAUUGCUGCCCGUCGGCGUGCAGCUCCAACCGGAUUGGUUUAAGGUUGGCCAGUUCGUCGAUGCUAGGAGUGAUAGUCGAGGUAUGGGUUUUGCGGGUGGUAUGAAGAGGCACGGCUUCGCUGGUCAGGAGGCGAGUCACGGUAACUCCAAGAAUCACAGGACGAUCGGUACGUCGGGUCCAAGUCAAGGUGGUGGUUCGCGUGUGCACCCAGGCAAGAAGAUGCCGGGGCGUAUGGGUGGCGAGAGAGUCACCAUUCAAAACCUAAGAGUGCUAAAGGUGGACAACGAGACCGGUAUUGUAGUGGUGAACGGGCAUGUGGCAGGGCCUAAGGGCUGCAUAGUGAAGCUAGCCGAUGCUGUCAAGAAGGAGCCGCCAGCCGAGACGUUCAUCGAGAAGGCUAGGAGGCUGAUGCUGGAGCGGAACCCAGACCACGAGACGCAGCUACAAGCCGCGCGGGAAACACAUAUGGACUUAAAGGAGUUGAGGAAGGCGGGCAAGAUAGGAGAUCCUGUGGCGUUGGCAGCCGUAUUGUAG